AAUAGAGAAUGAGCUGGCAUGAAGUUAGUUGUUGCCUGGGUAACUAAACAGUAGCUCGCGCCUUAGAGAUCGGCCCCGGUGAGCGGAGCUGCAGUCGGGGUUCAGCCUCUGCGUCAAGCGGAAAGUUACAGCGGAGAACGGGGAGCGCGCUGAGUGCCUGUGCUGAGGGGGAGAGAGAUUAGGGCGGAACCAGGAAGCGGAAGUGAAAGUGUGGCCCCGCCCUUAGCCGGUGACGUCAAAGGUUUGAAUGGUUGCUGAGGUGGAAGUAGUCAAGUGACAGAAACUGGUAAUUCCCGUAGAGCGCAGGGAACAUGAAGGCCUUGAUCCUGGUUGGCGGGUACGGAACGCGGCUGCGGCCCCUGACGCUCAGUGUCCCCAAACCCCUGGUGGAUUUCUGCAAUAUGCCCAUCCUGCUGCACCAGGUGGAGGCGCUGGUCAAGGCAGGGGUUAAUCACGUCAUCCUGGCCGUCAGCUACAUGUCAGACCUGCUGGAGAAGGAGAUGAAGGAGCAGGAGAAGCGGCUGGGAAUCCGCAUCUCCAUGUCACACGAGAAGGAGCCGCUGGGAACAGCGGGCCCCUUGGCUCUGGCCCGGCAGCUGCUGACUGAGAAUUCGGAGCCGUUCUUUGUACUGAACAGCGACGUCAUCUGCGACUUUCCCUUCGAGGACAUGGUCCGCUUCCACCGGCACCACGGCAAGGAGGGCACCAUCGUGGUCACUAAGGUGGAGGAGCCCUCUAAGUACGGGGUGGUCGUGUACGACGCGGAGGACGGUCAGAUCCAGCGCUUUGUGGAGAAGCCUCAAGUGUUUGUGUCCAACAAGAUUAACUCCGGAUUAUACAUCUUCUGCCCGUCAGUGCUGGAGCGGAUCCAGUUGCGUCCAACCUCGAUAGAGAAGGAGAUCUUCCCGGCGAUGGCGCUAGGGGGGCAGUUAUUCGCCAUGGAGCUGCAGGGGUUCUGGAUGGACAUCGGGCAGCCCAAGGACUUCCUGACCGGGAUGUGCCUGUACCUGCAGUCACUGAAGCAGAAGCAUCCGGAGAAGCUGCAUUCCGGAGCCGGCUUCGCUGGGAAUGUGCUGGUGGAUCCCUCUGCUAAGAUUGGAGAUAACUGCUGCAUUGGCCCCAACGUGAUUAUUGGCCCCGGCGUGACGGUGGAGGACGGGGUGCGGAUAAAGCGAUGCACAGUUAUGAAGGGCUCCCGGAUCCGCUCCCAUUCCUGGCUGGAAUCCUCUAUUGUCGGCUGGAGUUCAACUGUUGGACAGUGGGUGCGGAUCGAGAACGUGACGGUGUUGGGCGAAGACGUCAUUGUAAACGAUGAGCUUUACCUCAAUGGAGCCAACGUGUUACCCCACAAGUGCAUCUCCGAGUCGGUGCCGGAGCCCCGGAUCAUCAUGUAGGGGGGGUGCCGGGACAAUAGACUGUGGCCCCCGCACUGCCGGCAGGAGCGCUGCUCUGGUGCCUUCUCCAAAAGCUGAGGACAUGAGGAUCGGGACGGCGCCUGCGCUGCUGUGAUUGGACUCAUCCUCUGUACAGUGGAGGUGGGGGAGGGGAAGAUGUACAGACCAGGAAGCUCCCGCCCCAGCCUUGCAUGGGUUAAUCACACUGCUGCCACCUGGGCGAGGAGCCACGCUGGUGCUGACUUUCUAGUGGGAAUUUACUUAUAAAGACUUUUUUUU